UCUCUCUCUCUCUCUCUCGGGUCUGUAUUUUGCUCUGCGUCAUAAGCAAAAGUCGAUGCAGAAAUGGCGUCUCUAAGCGUUUGAUUGUACUGUAUAUAAACACACACACACACACACACACACACACACACACACACACACACACACACACACAAUUAACACUGCGGACUAGCAGCCGGCCAGCCGGACCGUGACGGCGAGGAGACGCGCUUGCGAGAGGACAGACCGACACACACGCUGCGGGUCCACCGAGCCAACUUCGGGGUUUGUUUGCUUAGCCUCAGAUGCCCGAGUUUUACCGAACCGAAUCGAACCGGAGAUAGGCCAAACUGCACAGAGAGAGAGAGAGAGAGAGAGAGAGAGAGAGAGAGAGAGAGAGAGAGAGAGAGAGAGAGAGAGAGAGAAGAACAGAAGAAGAAGGGGCGGGCCAGGUAAUUAAAUCGAGUCGGAACGAAAAGGAGAGAGACAGAGAGAGUCUAGGUCUAGGAGCUUGGAAAAGAGAUAAAAAAAGAUGUCACUGCGAUGAUGUCACGCAGGGGCCGAAGUGAUGUGAUGGACAGCCAGGGCUCCUCUGGAGGUCAGAGUUGGAAGGUCGCGCAAGGUCACGGGGUGACAGAGGGGGAUGACGUUCUGGCGCGCUGGAGUGAUGGCCUGCUGUACCUGGGGACUGUGAAGAGGGUUGACAGAGUGAAGCAGUCCUGUCUCGUCCGUUUUGAAGACAACUCAGAGUUCUGGGUGCUGUGGAAAGACAUUCACUCCUCGGUGGCCCCCGGGAUGGAGGGAGUGUGCUGCGUGUGUCAAGGAGAGGAGUGCGCAGGCAAGAGCAGGAUCGUCAACUGUCACAAGUGCAGACACGGGUAUCACCCUCAGUGUCACUCUCCUCGUAUUGACUCUGAUCUCGAUGGCUCUCCCUGGAUCUGCAGACAUUGUGUCUUCGCAGUGGCCACCAAGAGGGGGGGCGCUAUGAAGAAGGGUCGCUUUGCUCGCCUCAUGCAAGCUAUGAAGCUGCUUCUGCCCUAUCAGCUGGCAGCUCUGGACUGGGACCCCCAGCACCUGACCAAUCAGCAGCAGUGUUACUGUUACUGUGCCGGCCCUGGGGAGUGGAAUCUCAAGAUGCUGCAGUGCUGUUGUUGUGGUCAGUGGUUUCAUGAGGCCUGCACUCAGUGUCUGACCAAACCACUUCUGUAUGGAGACAGGUUCUACCAGUUUGAGUGCUCAGUCUGCACGCGAGGACCAGAAACCAUUAAGAGACUGGCCAUGAGCUGGGUAGAGAUCGCUCAUCUGGUUCUGUACCACCUCAGUCUUUGCUGCAAGAAGAAAUAUUUUGAUUUCGACCGAGAGAUCCUCUCCUUCGUCAACGAAAACUGGGAUUCACUGAUGCUGGGAUCUCUGGCAGACACCCCCAAAUCAGAGCGCUGUGAGCACCUCCUGUCUGCCCUCAACAACCAGAGAGACAGGUUUGUUUCUGGUAAAGAGAUCAAAAAGAAAAAGUGUCUGUUUGGGCUGCAGCUCCGAGCCCCGCCCCCACUGACCUCCGACCUCACACCUGUGACCCCCGACCCCCCCUGUGUGAUGUCACGAGGGGGAGGGGCUUCCCAUCCCAGAAGGAGUCCCCUGGUGGAGCACCCACUGGGGCAGGGCAGGGACCGGCGCUCUGAACCCGAGUCUAGAACCCUUGAACUUCGGAACCGAAAAGCCAGGAGAGCAUUGACCCGGGCCGUGAACCAGGACGCCGUGCCCAAUCCUGUGAGCCUGAGUCAGUGUUACCAGGGUUACGGGGGUGGGGGCAGUUUAUACAACUUGUGGAAGCCGGAGGAGCGUUGGGGUCAAGGCUCUCCCCCUAAGAAGAUGUUUGCCUCGUUCCACCCCUCAGCCAGCACAGUCUCCCAGUUCAGCUGCCCUUCUCCCAGUUCAAAGUACCAGUACAGUGCUGAAGACAGCCUGUACCGCCACAAACAGGAAGCCUCCAGCGGCCAUGACCUCACUUCCUGCCCCUGCAGCUGCCCCCCCAGCCCUGCCUCUGGCGAGGGGGGGGCGAGGGAGGCGGUGCGUGUCCUGGCGCGCCGGGUCACUGUGGACGGGACGGUGCAGUACCUGGUCGAGUGGGGCAACAUCAACGUCUUCUGAGGGUCCCACCCUGCAUCAAACACCUGAGGGGUUCAAUAACACAUCGCUCUGAGAAACCCCUCCUUCUGAGGGUCCCACACUGCAUCAAACACCUGAGGGGUUCAAUAACACAUCACUCUGAGAAACCCC